AUGGGAUAUAAACCAGGAGAGACGUCCACCGCGUGUCGCGCGUGUCGCGCGGGCCCGCGCUGUUUGGCCUCGCGGUAUGCAAACUAUACAGGACUGACACAAACUCCAGGCUGUGAUAGUUAUGAGGCUCAAACAAACAAAGGCAAACAAGACAGCUUCUUCCUGCACUCGCUUGGCCUCUUCUUUUCCAGGCGUUGGGGGCUGUCGUUUCGUGAUGCCCCAUGA